AACAUCACAGUUUUAAACUUACUGAUAAUAGUGACGACAGUAUUCACAUAUAUAUACUGUAUCUCCUGCAUUUCUAGUCGUGGCCAAUUUAAGGAACGCUUUUUCUCAUCUGUGAUAUCGAGAAUUUUGCAAAAAAAAAAAAUCGGAAAACAGGUGUAAUUUUGUGAAACAUUGAGGUGUAAUUUUGUGAAACAUUGAAAAGUAAUACCAAUAACUGUGUAACUUGUGAAUGGUUGAAUUAGUUUUAUUUAGUUCCAAUUUUGCCAACAGAAGGUUCUACAUAAAUCCGUCUUAGUAGUUGGAUCAAGAGCACAAAAAUAGGAUGUAAAACUCUAUUUAUUUUAAAUGCGCUGUAUAAAGUGAUUUUUAGUGAGGAAAAAUUAUAACUAUCAAGUUGCAUAUAAUAUUUUGAACUAAAGAUUUUUACAUAAAAAGUUAUUGUACCUAGAGUAUGUUCUUUGUGUAAACAAGAUAAAGUAACAAUGUCUAAGAUGUACAUUUAUACGUUUAUUUUACUGUCUUUGUCAGUGAUUCAAGGUUCAUCGGUUGUGAAAAGACAGGCUGCAGAUUUAGACCCAGACGCGUUUCUGAGUAAAUAUGGUUACCUUGACGACCUUCAACCGGGUGAUCACCAUGCUGAGGAGACCAGAUCCGAGGGAAUCAGAGAGUUUCAAAUAUUCAAUGGGCUGACUCCAACUGGUUUGAUGGAUCGAGAAACUUUCCUCAAAAUGCAGCAGCCUCGAUGUGGAUUACCUGACGUCAUCAAACCACGUGACCGUCUUAACGGAAACCGACUGCGAAGUCGCCAGCACGAUCCGACACAACCGUUACCAUUUUACGCUCCAGGAUAUAAAUGGGAUAAGAACGACCUGACAUAUAAAAUAGUUGGCUAUACUAGACAGCUAGGUGGCAGCACACAGAAGUUGGCUUUUAGAAAUGCUUUUGGAAAAUGGUCAGCGGAAACACCGUUAAAUUUUCGAGAAGUUUCUAGCGGGACUGCAGAUAUCGAGAUUGAUUUUGCUCGGUAUAGUCACGGGGAUGGAAAUGGUAACUCUUUCGAUGGACGAGGUGGAACAUUGGCUCAUGCUUUCUUCCCGGGGACACAACCAAUUAGUGGAGAUACCCAUUUCGACGAGGAUGAGGAAUGGACUAUGAAUCGAGACGCUGGGUCUAAUUUGGAAAUCGUGGCGGCUCAUGAGUUCGGGCAUGCUUUAGGUUUAGGUCAUUCCAAUAAUCCCAGAGCUCUGAUGGCUCCGUACUACCAAGGUUACGACCCUGAUUAUAAACUGGACUAUGAUGAUAAAAGAGGAAUACAGACUCUCUAUGGUACACCUAGACCUACCCGACGACCUAGACCACGCCCUACUCCUCGUCCCUCGGGUAGACAUUGCCGUGUGAAAUUUGAUGAUAUCACUGUUGCCCAUGACAGACAGACCUACGGUUUUAGAGGUUCUAAAAUCUAUAAACUAGAUGCCGGUGGGGUGGCGUCUGGAUUCCCCCAGCCUGCUAGAAGAGUAUUUGCCAGAGCUCCUAAAACUCCCUCCGCUGUAGUGUACGACAGAUCACAACGAAAACUGUAUAUGUUUAAAGGAAGCCGAUAUUGGAGGUAUACGGGGUACUCGUUAGAUAGGGGCUAUCCAAGGACAUUACCAUCCGCUUUCAGAAGGUUAAGAGCUGCCUUUCAAUACAGUGACGGUAGAAUUUACCUCUUUAAGUUCAAUACAUACACAAUAUGGACGGAGGGUAUGCGAACCGCUCCCCGGGGAUAUGAACGAUCGAUAACUCAAAAUUGGCGUGGCAUCAAACCUGGAAUGGAGGCGAUAUUCAGAGAUACGAAUGGAACUUUUUAUUUCUUUAAAGGGAAAAUAUAUUGGAAAUACGACGACGAUUUUGGUUACGCUGAACCCGGCUACCCUAAAAAGACGUCACAGGCUUGGCUAGGCUGUAGUCCACGCAUACCUCGAUAGCUGUGUGAUUAUAGAUUAUUAUUAUGUAGAGUGUAUUUAUUUCAAUAACACCCUUUGACACAUUAUCUGCAAAUGUCAUGCGAAUGAAUUAUUAUAGAUAAUAUAUAAGAUAACAUAUUAGAAACAUUUACAGAGCUUAUUAUAUACAUGAAAAUAAUAUUAUACGCGUCAUUUCAGCUAUAAAACAUUAAAGUACAUAAAACAAU